UUUAUAUUUUUUUGGACAGAAAUGGCUAUAGAAGAGUAAUGGAACCUCUUUGUGUGAGAGAUGCCUUGUUAUUAUAUUUUGUUGUAAGAGAUGACGAUCUUGGUCGGUAUGAAGAAGGAACUUUGAAAGGAUAUAAGCCAUGGUUUGUUCAUCAGCUCUUUCCUGAGGAAAAAGUAUAUGGAUACAAAGAUCUUGAGGUGCAUAUUUUAUAUCAUCUUGUUUCUUGGAAUGUCUUUCUACAAGUCCGUUAUUCUUUGAAAGACUCGAAUACUGUGGGUUUUUUGAAUAUAGAAACUCUACUUUAUGAGCACUUGCCAGAUUAUGUUUGUAGUUGUAUGGAAGAGUUCAAACGGAAAGUAGCGGAACCUUUUCCUAUCGACAGAUAUUUAUCAACUUGGCAAAUUAUUUUACCUCGUCAAAGCUUAUGUUCUGAUGCAAAAGUGUAUGUGCAAAAUGUGACCCAAACCACUGCUACCGAAAUAUACCAUCGUUUCAAGCUAUUGCUUUUGUUCUUUAUUGAAACUGCUUCGUAUAUUGAUUGGGAAGAUGACAAGUGGGAUAUGUUUGUAAUAUUGAGUUUGCACGAGGAGAUUUUAGGUUUCGCAGCAGUAUAUCGUUUUACUUGUUUUGAUAAGAGUGAAAACACUUGGAAUCCAAGGGAAAGAGUACGCAUUUCACAGUUUCUCAUCUUUCCUUGUUUUCAUAGGAAAGGUUAUGGAAUUUCUCUUCUUGAUGCUAUUUAUCGUCAUUAUAUGGAAACUAGUUGUCUGGAAAUUACAGUUGAGAAUCCUUGCCAAGGGUUUCAAACCUUGAGAGACAUAUUGGACACGAAGAACUGUUUAUAUCUCGAGAAAAGACUUGGUUAUCUUCCUAGUGUCGAGGAAAUACGCAAAGAGUGGAAGAUAACUCGAAAACAAGCUCUAAGAUGUCGAGAGAUUAUAAGGUUUUCAAGACUCCAAGAAGAAGAGGAAACGAAUACUUUUCGUAUCGGUAUCAAAAAAAGACUUUAUUUAGAAUAUGCCGAACAAAUGGCAUCUUUGGAUUCAGUUGAGGCUCGAAAAGCAUAUUUAUGGCAAUUGUAUAAGGAAAUAGAAGAAACUUAUCGCAAGUUGGUGAUAUGGGCAGUUGUUAUCUGGUCACUAGCUUUUCUUCUUCAUUUUCCCUGCAAGUACAAAAUAGCUGAAGAAGUAUUCACAACAAACCCUUUGGAAGAUUGGAGUUUACAACUGCAAGGCAUAGAUCACUUGCUGCAGAUAUCGGAUAUCCAUUUGGAUCCAAAAUUGGAGGAAAACAGCAAAAAGUUAUCUUUCUUUCGUAAUCAUGUAGUUCCAGUCAUUGUUCCUAAAGCAGUUUUGGUUACUGGAGACUUGACCAACGGAAAGAAGGAUACCACCAAUAACUGGUUUUAUUUAUUUCUAGGCCAUCCUUCAAGCAAACGAUUAGAUGAAUGGAAUGAGUAUUACGUUCAAACGCAAGAAUAUCGUCAUAAAAAUGCUAGUGUAUUAUGGAGUGACGUUCGAGGCAAUCAUGAUUCCUUUGGAGUUGAUGAUAUGAUACAAGAUGAUGAUCUAUUUCAGAGAUAUGCUGUUGAACCUCAACCUAAAAAUGCUGUGAGCUUUCAUCGCUUUUCGGAACAGAAUGAUAUUAAACUUGUCAAAUAUUCCCCUUAUUAUCGAUACAGUUUACAUCGACCCUUUCAUUUUUUUGCUAGAACCAACAACGAGGAAUUGCAACUUUUAAUGCAAGCAUCCUUGGCAGAGAAAAAGGAACAAGUCGUGAUAGUUUAUGGACAUUUUCCUAGCAGUACUAUUGAUUAUACAGUUUCUGAGACCUUUUGGAGGACUUUUUUACGUUUCUUUUGGUGGAGUCGUUCCAUUUUGUCUCGCAAGUUUUAUUCUUAUCCCAAUUAUGUCAUUUACCUUUCAGGUCAUUUGCAUUCCGUUUUAGGUUUUUUGCCUCGUAUGUAUUGCAAAUGUGGUAACUAUAUGGAAUUAGAGUUGGCAGAUCUCUAUACAAGUUCCGUUUAUCGCUGGAUAGUUAUUGAUCAUGGAAAUUUUGCAUUUUCAGAUAUUCCCAUUCAACAGAACAUUUUUGCAGUUGUGACUAAUCCUGUGCCACUUUCUUCAUCUACCAAGAGAAGUCAAGCUUUUGCAUUGUCUUCCAAAUAUAUUCGUCUGAUGGUUGCCUCUUUGGAAUCCUUUUGGGAUCGCAAUCUUACCUUGGGUAAUGUGGAAGUUUUUAUCGAUGACAAGAAAAUAGGAAUUGCUAAGAAAAUGGAGAAUGAUAUGCUCAAGUCUUCAUCUGGUAGUAACUUAUUCCUUUGUGCUUGGAAUCCUAUGUCGUACCUGGAAGGUUUUCAUAACCUUGUUGUUCAAUAUUGUUUCGAAGAGUCAUGUAUGACUAUGAUUAGCACCUCUUUUUCUUUACAGUCUGAACAAAGAUAUCAUUAUUCUUGUAAGGAUUGGAUUCGUUGUCUUAUGCUUUUUGCAGAUGCUCCAGUCGUCAUCAAAGGUUUAUGUUUGAUUGGAUUAUUGCUUUAUGGUAUUCUUGUGCACAUUCCUUAUUUUUCAACUGGUUCUUGUUGGCUUCCUUCUUCAUGGAUUGUUUUUGGAAAGCGUUUAUCAUUUGUUCGAAAGACUCGUUGGCGUGUAUCACAAGUACUUUUUUACAACUUUCUAUUGGGACCUUUGCUUAUUCUCUUUCGCGUUACAGGUGAUGACUAUCACAACUGUACAGGAUACAUGUUUUUCUUUUAUACAUUUGUAUGUGGUGAAAUACAAGCGAGUUAUUUGGAAAUGUACAAUUUGUUGUUACAACAGUUAUGGUUUGCUUGUAUUCCAUCAGUAUGCUUAGACAUAUAUCGGUGCUAUUUAAAACAAGAUGAAAAACCUACGAAUGAGAAUACGUGUCAUGAAAACAAAUUCGAGAGAAGAAAGUCAGUCUUAUUUGCACUGAGAUAUUGGAGCCCUCAUAAGAGUAUUUGUUUAUUGUAUGGGUUGGUUAUUUUGUAUCAGCUCGGUAUUCUUUUACGAUACGUUGGAUGUUUUGGUUUUUGGAGUUGUUUAUGUUCGCCAUUAUUGUCAUUGGUUUUCUUUUAUAGUUGUCUUUAAACGAAAUGAGUGGUUAUACGUGAUAAAUG